GCUAAAUAUAAAACCCCGCCUCUACCACAUGAGAGUUUCUUAUGCGGGUGUGCAAGCCGAAAGCCCCCCCGGAUUUAUAAAGAGUGAAAUCGGUCCGAAAGCAGGACCAGUCUUUGUGCUUUGCGUGAUGCUGAUGGUGCUAUUGUCGAAUUAUGGCCGACGGUUUGGAUAAGGAAAAAGUGAAGCUGCUGAAGAGGGCCUUCUCCAUGUUCGAUUCGUCGAAGACGGGCAGCAUCGAGAAGGAGAAAGUUCGCACGAUUUUAACCACUUUGGGACAGACUUAUGAUGAGAAACAACUAGAUACACUUCUGGAUGGAGAGGAUCCAGAAGGGACGGGCUAUUUAAAUUUCGACUCAUUUUGCAAAGUCGCCGCCAACUUCCUCGAUAAUGAGGACGACGAAGUCCUUCAGAAGGAAUUAAAGGAGGCGUUCCGGCUGUACGACAAACAAGGAAACGGAUACAUCCCGACUUCGAGCCUGCGGGAAAUCUUGGUGGCCUUGGAUGACCAGCUCACCAACGAUCAAUUAAACGAAAUGAUCGCGGAAAUUGACACGGAUUCCUCCGGAACGGUCGACUUCGAAGAAUUUAUAGAAAUGAUGACAGGUGAUUAAGGGGUGUACAAAUGAGGUGUUUUAUACUGUUAAGUGCGUUGGUUCCUAAUAAAACUGUAAAUAUUUGAA